CUUGAAAGUGAAGGAACUAUGCCAGGCAUACCACAAAGGCAGUGAGUGCAAAAUCGAGAUGGGGCUGAGCCACAGACUUGCUGCUUUUACAGUGACUUUCAUGUCAUACUUGGUGGAGACCCAACCAGCACACUGCAGACCACCAUGGAUGAGACAAGAGACUCGCUGCUGUGAACAGCAAGGAGGAAGAGGAUGAGGGGACAAGACAUGGCAAGGAGUUCAAGCCAUACCACAAGUCAGGACCUGUUUGAGACUUUGCCACAGUCUACCCAGUUUCCCUAGCCAAACAUGGAUAACCCUGAUGUAGGAGAAGGGACCAUGGAGCAGUAGUGGGAAUAUGGCCUCUUCAGAUUUGGAAGAUUUAUGCUCUCACAUCAACACAAAGAUUUUGACUAUCAAAAAGACUCUUCAGUUAAGAAACAUGGGUCAGGAGCCAUCCUUGAAAUCUGUGCUCUGUAAAAUAGGGCAUGAAAUGUUUCUCCUCAAUGAUCUCCUGAAUAAAAUGGAAAUAGAAGUUGAGCAUCAAGAAAAACUAAAGAAUUCGCUCAAGGAGAUGCAGGAGUCUUUUGAGAGGGACUAUAAUGAAGCACAGCACCUCUGUGAAAAUAUUCCUCCCCAUCUGCCCAAAGCAAUCCCAAAGUGCACUGUGGGAUUAAUUGUGAAGUCUGAAGAACAAUGUAAAGCUGCAGAACCUGAAUGUGUAAAGAAACCCACAAAAGAGCCAAAAUUUAUUAAAGAAGCCCCUUUAAUAACGGCACAGGAAUUUGAAGGUGUUCCUGCGUACAUGCGGGGUCGUUUAACAUAUGAUCAAAUUAAUGGAGUUGUUCAAGAUUUGAAUAAAGCGGUGGUUAGCAAAUAUAAGAUCUUACAUCAGCCGAUGAAAUCUAUGAGCUCUGCUGUCAGAAAUCUCUACCACAGAUUCCUGGAAGAAGAAACCAAGGAUACUAAAGGUGAAUUUUUUAUCGUGGAGGCUGAUAUAAAAGAGUUCACACAACUGAAGGUGGAUAAGCGCUUUCACAGCAUUUUGAACAUCCUCCGGCAUUGCCAGAGAGUGCGGGAAGUCCGUGGUGCACGACUCGUCCGUUACGUUAUCUGCUAAUAUGGUUUUGGACUUGAUUUUGCCCAGGAUGCAGGGCAUAAAUAUUUUAUUAGGCAUAAGGAUUUGUAUGCCUUCAGAAAGUCGGAAGACACUAUACACAGAAAUUCCCUACUCAGCUAAUUUAUUUUCUAAAUGACAGUAAUGAUGAACAAAUAUCUAGCUCGUUGAUCAGGCAUCCACUUUGAAUUAUUAUAAGCCUGCUUUCAUAUGCAUUCAUUCUCUAGGAUUAGAAACAUCUGAAGGUCUUGAACUUUUUAAAGUUGUUUUGAUUUGAAUUAUUGGGUUAGGCUACUGUCAUUUGAUUCUGGUGUCUUGUACUGGCCUUUACUCCCAUUAUAAAUAACUAAUCCAAGGUAGAAAUGAAUGUAAUUGACACCCCAGUGGUUUCAUGAGGUUGUCAGGUAGAUGUCUUAGCCACCCUACAAAUGGUGGCCUGAAAAGCUGCAAUCUCAGCAGUGUAAUACUGCUUUUUUGUUUAUAUAAUGGAGAUUGUCCUUAACAAUGGGUAAUUGUUUGGGGAUAUGCAUUUCAUUUUGUUAAUGCAUCAAACUGAUUUCCGCUCUUCCACUUUUUGUACAAUCUCUUUCUUCUAACCCUAAAAUUGUUUUUGGGGUUUCCAAAAUGAGCCAGGCAUGCAGCUCUGAAGUGGAUAAAUGCUUCCAAACCUGAUGAUGAUGGUUCCAUAAUCUAUUGGGUUUUCACAUUUCAUCAGUCAGAUUUCAUCUUCAGUCCAACCCAUUUAAUCAAAACAAAUACUAGAACCAUGAUAAUGUAAUUGAAAAUUCUGGCUUCUAUUUUGAAAAUAUUUAACAUUGACUGCUCUUAUUCUAGAACAUUUACUUACCCACUAGCUUCUAUAUAACCAAUUUUAGAAUAGAUUAUUUGUUUUUGCAAUAAAUUCCAAUGUUGCAGGCAGUAGUUAAAGAUGUUUUUGUUUGACAAAAGUUUUGACAAAGGUUAUUUUCCUUCCUUGGGCCUGUACCUGUUGUUAUAGUAACAAAGUAGUCUAAAAUAGCAUUUUUUGUAUGUUGCCAGUAAUAAUGAGAGAGUUUAACAAGCGGAAGACCCUGACUGAACCCUGAACUAUUGAAAGGUCAAUAAAGAAGGCUGGGUAAGUGCUCAGUAGGUCUGGAUUUGUUUUAGUCUUUUACUGUCUGAGACUCUGAUACUGAUGUGAUGAGAUCCAAGCUGUAGUCUCCAUUCUGCGUAAUAUUUGAAUGAAUUUUGUGUGGUGUUCAACACAAAUGCCAUAAGUGGAAAGAGUGCACAAUCUGAAUUUCAGUUUGAGUAGCUGUCAAAUGGGUCCAUCUGUUGUCUUUUUAAAAGUUUAGUGUACAUGAAGUGAACCAGGGAGAUCUGGCUUCAUGGAUCAUUGGCUUAAUUCUUACUGGUUUUCAAAAGCUUUAAUGAUUUUUCUCUCUGAAUUUCUAGUGUCUUCUGAAUUUUUGGUAAACUUUCGUCUCUGCACUUGAGAA